AUGGAGGAAGAGGGGCAGGGCGACUCGGCUGAGCAGAGGCACGCCAUGCUAGGGGGGAGUCCCGCUGGGCCUGGACGGGACGUGGGCAGCAAGGCGGCCCCUUUUGGGGAGAUUCCUCACAACCCGAUGCCAGCUGCUAGCACAAUGACAGGUGGGACGGCCCUGCGAUUCUGUACCAACACUGACAACUGUGUCUACCAAUCAGUCAACGGGCUCCAGUGUUGCGGCUUGAAGGUUGGGGAGGCUCCGUCUGCGGUCCCCCAGCGGCCAGACGUGGUGUGUGGGGACAGGGACACCUCCAAGCAGCCCUUCUCCCCCCUGGUCUCCACUGUAGACGGGCCAGACACCACUGACACCAUCCUGGCUCACAGAAGAGCCACCUCGGACCCCCAGACCACCAUGGAGCACGGACUGGUCGGCUGCAGCAAACUCAACAAGACCCCGGCGGGUCUGAAGACCAGCGCCAGCAUCCGGGACAAGAUCUCCCAAUGGGAGGGGAAAAAGGAGACCCUCCCUACCACCCAAGUGGUUGGAAGUGGUCCAUGUCUGCUGACCACAGUGCACAAGGAACCAGAGUCUGUGAGAAAGGAGAUCUCUGAGGACCACAGGCCGGACAGUAAGAGGUUGGUCAGUUGGGAGAGGCAGGACUCUGGGAAGGAGCAUGCAGGAAAGCUGGGGGAUUUAUGGCCAAAGUCACCUGAGGGCCCCACUACCAAGGGGGACCGAGAGGUGAUACUGGAUAGAGGACCCCUCAGAGGCAGUAGUAAACUCACAGAGACAGCCAAGGAAAAUAAGUCAGUUUUGACUCACAUUAAGAAACUGGAGCAGGCCAUGAAAGAGGGUGACACUGAGAAUGUGUACACUGAGCCUGGCACUGCCAGUCCCUCCAUCAACCCCUUACCUAAACCCCAGCGAACAUUCCAGCACCACACCCCUCCCAGCACCCCAGCCUCAGGACUGAGCCUGGGCAAGGGGAGACGUGACCUGCCCCCUCUGCCCUCCAUCCCCCCGCCUCCCCUACCCACCUGCCCCCCCGCCAGCAGUCUGCAGGAGACCCUGGGCAGACCGAACCAGAGACAGCAGUUGGUCCCUGCAGCGAAGUCCUAUGAGUUUGAGGAUCUGCUGCAGUCGUCAGAGAGCAGCAGGGUGGACUGGUACGCUCAGUCCCGACUGGGCCUCCCACGCACUUUAUCAGAGGAAAACGUCUACGAGGAUAUCCUAGACCCUCCGUCAAAGGAGAAUCCUUACGAAGAUAUAGAGUUGAAGAGAAGUUGCCCUGGAAACAAGCGCUCUUUACCCAUCUCCUCUCCCUCAUCCCUUGUCCCCGACACACCGGCCAAGCUGUCCUCAAAGCCAGGUUUCUUCAGGCAGAACUCAGAACGCCGCAGCUUCAAGCUCCUGGACCUGCGUAAGAACAACCGGGACACCGGAAUCUCCUCGCCCUCCCGCAUCAGCCCCCCCUCCACCCCCAGCAGCCCUGACGACACUCCCAGUCUCUCAGGAGACCCCUACAACCGCAGGCGCAGAAAGAUCCCAAAGAUGGUGCUGAAGAUCAACGGCAUCUUCGAGUUGAGGAGAGGGAAGAAACGCAUGAAGAGGGUGUCUCAGUCUACUGAGUCCAGCUCAGGGAGAGUGACCGAUGACAACAGUGAGUCCGAGAGUGACACAGAGGAAAAAUUGAAAGCUCAUAGCCAGCGUCUGUCAUCGGUGCAGUCCAUGUUGAGGCAGACGGGGCGGUGCCGGACACUGGAAAGGGGCCCUAUGGACCUACAGGAGAGGAAGCUGUUUGAGUACUUCAUAGUGGUGGCACUUCAGAAUACCAAGGCUGGAGCUCCUUAUCUACCAGAGGUCACUCAGCAGUUCCCCAUCAAGCUGGAGAGGAGCUUCAAGUUCAUGCGGGAAACGGAAGACCAACUGAAGGUCAUUCCUCAGUUCUGUUUUCCUGACGCUAAGGACUGGACCCCCGUUGACAACUUCCCCAGUGAAACUUUCUCCUUCGUCCUGACUGGUGAGGACGGGAGCAGACGGUUCGGAUACUGUCGUCGUUUACUGCCCAGUGGUAAAAGCCGGAGGCUGCCAGAAGUCUACUGCAUCGUCAGCCGGCUGGGCUGUUUCGACCUCUUCUCUAAGAUUCUGGAUGAGGUAGAAAAGAGGAGGGCCAUUUCUCCAGCUCUGGUGCAGCCCUUCAUGAGGGGCAUCAUGGAGGCUCCAUUCCCCGCCCCGGGGAGAACCAUCACUGUGAAGAACUUCCUGCCUGGCUCAGGCACUGAGGUGAUAGAGCUGUGUCGUCCGUCUGACUCUCGUCUGGAGCAUGUGGACUUUGAGUGUCUGUUCUCCUCUCUGUCGCUGCGUCUGCUCCUCAGAGUCUUCGCCUCUCUGCUGCUGGAGCGCAGGGUCCUCUUCACCGCUGACAAACUCAGUACUCUGUCUCAGUGCUGCCAUGCGAUGGUGGCUCUACUCUACCCGUUCACCUGGCAGCACACCUACAUCCCUGUGCUGCCCCCUUCCAUGCUGGACAUAGUAUGUACCCCCACCCCCUUCAUCGUGGGUCUGCUAUCCAGCUCUCUGCCCAGCCUCAAAGAGUUGCCCAUCGAGGAGGUCCUGGUGGUUGAUCUCGGCAACAGCCGCUUCCUCAGACAGCUGGAUGACGAGGACUCCAUUCUGCCUCACAAGUUGCAGGCUGCUCUGGAACACAUUCUGGACAAGAGGAAGGAACUGGCCAGUGAGAUGCCCACCGACUCUAGCUCCCUCAGCACGGUGGUGUCGGAGACCUUUGUACGUUUCUUCGUGGAGAUGGUGGGCCACUACCCUCUCUUCAUGGGCGGGGGGGAUCGAGAGGACGAGUCUGUAGCCCCCUCCUCGCCCACCCCGUCCUGCUUUCAGCGCGAGGCCUUCCGCAAGGCUGUCACUUCCAAGAGUCUGAAGAGGUUUCUGGAGGUCUUCAUGGAGACCCAGAUGUUCGCUGGGUUUGUGACAGAGAGGGAGCAACGCAGGCAGGGUCUAAGAGGUUUGUUUGAGGUGAGGUCACAAGAUUACCUGGACUCUCUCCCAGGGAGCGAACAGCGUGGGGUCAACAAGUUCCUCAAGGGUCUAGGAAAUAAGAUGAAAUUCCUGUCCAAGAAAUGAUGCCUCGGGACGGGACUCCAUGAGAGGGAGCAUGUUCAAAAGAGGUUGAGAACAAAACACUUUGUCUAAGGACCCAAACUCCCUGUGGAUAGCAUGAAGAAGGGGAUUGUGUGUCCACAAGCUUAUGGAGACAUACUGGGCAAGGACCGAACACUCCUUGCAAUAUUUGGACUGAACAUGAAUGACUUUGGGGGGUGUUGGGGUUUAGCAAUCGGACCAAAAACAUUCAUAUUGUUGCAGCCCCAAAGACACAGACCCAUCAAGGAACGUCGUUCUCCUUUGAGGUCUUAUCAUUCGAGAGUGUCUCUCUGUCGCCCCUGAGAGCUUACUUCUGUAAAGCUGUCUGCCUUUAUAGUGUACAUUGAUGUACUGUAUAGCACAGUCCAUUUCCAUUCCUAGAGUUGGGAUAGAAUGACUGGAUGUUGCUGGGUGGGCCAAAAGACCAUUCCAUUUUGUACCGUACCGUUUAAACAUUCCACAUAUUUCUAUUGAGUACAACUUCUAUGUUAACAGGAGGCUUAAGUUAAUUUAUACGGUGUACUUUUUAAGAGUAACUGUUUCUUCCAUUUUCCCUCCUUCAAAUGAAAGCAAAAUAACAUCCUGUAGUUUUGUGAUGGGCUUUAUGUAGUCUGUAUGGAGGAGGGGUCAUAGACCACUGGGUUACUAUUGAGGAAAUAUACCACUGAGACAGAGUGAACUAUGGAUUGGAAUGGGUGUAAGGGAAAUUAUCAGAAAGUCAUACCUUGGAGAAGGCAAAGGAGACCUAAAAUAAGUUGAUAUGUAAUUGUCAAACACCACUAGUUUUGCCUUAAACCUGAUUUGAAAAUGUUAUGAAAUAAUUAAAGUUAUUUUUAAUUAAUAAA